UGAAUGAGUUGGUGUGUCCGAACUUUUGACUGGUACUGUAUAUAAAUACAUAUUCAAUAAAGACUCAAUGUUAUCAAAAACAAAACAGCUGAUUUAAAAACAACACUUCAAAAUAACAAAAUGUGUACAUAAUGUAUUGAUAGGAGCUCUACUUAGUCUGCCAAUAGGGCGUCAUGGCAACUUUAUGGGCUACUGAUGCUGUAAGCUAUUCAAUAUCGCCUGAAAAAUACACUUCACUUCCAGAUAUUGACGUUCAUGGUUGUUAUUUGUUCAGAUUUGAUUAUUGGAUUCGUGCUUUCUGGAACUUGCAUUAUACACUCUAUCCGCUGGGUUUUGAAGGCACUUGAAUGUUGCCUUUUUCACCACUUGUCGUCACUGUUGACCGUUAGUGUGAGAAAUGUUCACCUAUCUUGGUCCCUCCCGGUUUCAGAGGAUGAGGAGAUAUUUUGUGGCUUUGUUACAGAGACACAGGGCGUGAGAGAGACUAGUCGGAGAAUAGAUCAGUCUGUUUAUACCGUCUACAAAUGUAGUCGGAUUUGACAAAUACCUUAUUCAAAACCUAGAUUUUUUUGAACAUAAUUUCAUCUCUUUGGAUCUAUGCUUGGCACACCUUCGAUGCAAAUAUGUGUUUACCGAAUAGAAGGAGCUCUAUUGUGACGUAUUUAGUGCUUGUGCUGCUGGAGUGUUACUGGGAAGCGGUGUCCGGGCAGCUCUCCUACUCCGUCUCAGAGGAGGUAAACCCGGGGACUUCCGUGGGAAAUAUCGCUAAGGAUCUAAACCUCAAUGUCCAGGAUUUGGAGUCGCGUAUGUUUCAGAUUGUCACCGGAUCCAAGAGAAAGUAUUUCGCGGUAAAUCUAAAGACUGGUGUUCUAUAUGUGAAUGAGAGAAUAGACAGGGAGGAGCUCUGUGCAAAUGCUCCUAAAUGUACAGUCAGUGUAGAGGCCGUUAUCAACAAUCCGUUGAAGCUUUACCGUGUAGAAAUGCAUAUUUUAGAUACAAAUGAUAAUGCACCGACUUUCACUGCUAAAUCACAAAGUAUAGACAUUGCAGAGAGCACGUUGUCUGGGGUUAGAUUCCCCCUACUAUCGGCCUAUGAUGCUGAUGUGGGGAAGAACGGUAUCAAUACAUACAAGCUUAGUUCUAAUGAAUAUUUUUCCUUAGCGGUGCAUAAAGGAGGAGGUAGUGUGUCUGCUGAGUUGGUGCUGCAGAAAGCUUUAGACCGAGAGAAACAGCCUGUGAUCCAGCUCACACUGACCGCUGUAGAUGGAGGAAAUCCUCCGAAGUCUGGUACUUCAGACAUAAUGAUUCAUGUGCUGGAUAAUAAUGACAACACCCCGGUGUUUACAAAAUCGUUGUAUAAGACUCGACUUUUGGAAAAUGUGCCGAUUGGGACAACAUUAUUAACUCUUAACGCGACAGACCCAGAUGAAGGAACGAACAGCGAGAUAAUAUAUUCUCUGAGCAAGAAAGAUCAGGACCAUAUUUUAGAUGUUUUCUACAUUGACCCAAAUACAGGGACAAUAACAGUUCAAGGCGAAAUAGAUUUUGAGGAACACCCUGCCUUUGAGAUCCGUGCCCAGGCGAGUGACAGAGGGCAGCCCCCGAUGGCAUCUCAUUGUAAAAUACUGGUAGAUGUGGUGGACCUCAACGACAAUGCCCCUGAGAUCACUGUGACGUCACUCUUACACAAAGUGAAGGAGGAUGCGAAGGAGGGCACUGCCAUUGCUCUCGUGUCUAUUCUCGAUAAAGAUGGUGGCAAAAACGGAGUGGUUCAUUGUAAGGUUGAGAAUGAGGUCCCUUUUAAGUUAGAAACAAACUAUAAAAAUUAUUAUUCUUUAGUGGUCGAUGGGCCUCUUGACAGAGAGAGUGAUUCUCAUUACAAUGUCAACAUACUAGCUACGGAUGAUGGGACCCCGCCUCUCUUCAGCACCAGCGUUAUUACUGUGCACGUUUCUGAUGUGAAUGACAACGCUCCUCGCUUCUCAGAAGCCGUGAUUAAUGUUUAUGUGAAAGAGAACAGUCAAAUAGGAGAGAUAAUCACAACAGUGUCUGCAGUUGAUGUUGACGUCAAUGAAAAUGCCCAUGUGACCUACUCAUUCUUAGAGAGUAACAGCAACUCAGUGCUGCUGUCUACAAUGGUCAAUAUAAACUCAGAUACAGGAGAUAUAGUCAGCCUGCAGUCUUUUAACUAUGAGGAGAUACAAACUGUCCAUUUUAAAGUUCAGGCCACAGACUCGGGUGUUCCUCCGUUCAACAGCAACGUGACUGUGAACGUUUUUAUUCUGGAUGAGAAUGACAACAGUCCUGGGAUUCUCGCGCCCUAUUCUGAUCACGGCUCCGUUAACUCUGAGAACAUUCCCUAUUCUGCUGAAGCGGGCUACUUUGUGGCCAAGAUCAGGGCUGUAGACUCCGACUCUGGUUACAAUGCGCUGCUUUCUUAUCACAUCUCUGAGCCCAAGGGAACCAACCUCUUCCGAAUCGGAACCAGCACCGGGGAACUAAGGACUAAGAGGCGAAUGAGUGACAAUGACCUGAAAGCUCACCCGUUGGUCGUGGUGGUGUCUGAUAACGGAGAACCCUCACUGUCAGCGACUGUGUCUAUUGAUGUAGUGGUGGUUGAAAGUACAGGUGAAAUCCAGACUGAAUACAGAAACGUACCAAGAAAGGAGGAGAGCUUCUCUGAUUUAAACUUGUAUUUGCUGAUCGCCAUUGCCUCGGUGUCAGUGAUAUUUUUAUUGAGCUUGUUCAGUUUAAUAGCUGUAAAAUGCCACAGGACAGACGACAGUUUCAAAAGGUACAGCGCCCCAAUGAUCACCACACACCCUGACGGGAGCUGGUCUUACUCGAAAUCUACUCAGCAGUAUGACGUGUGUUUCAGCUCAGACACACUGAAGAGUGACGUAGUGGUUUUUCCCGCGCCGUAUCCACCUGCAGAUGCAGAACUGAUCAGUAUUAAUGGAAAUGACACGUUUGACAGGACUCAGACAUUACCCAACAAAGAGAAGGUAAGACAUCAUGUUUUCAGUUGUACCAGAAAUGUGUUUUUCUCCUACAGUGCCUUGCGAAAUGCUAAAUCACAAAGUAAAGACAUUGCAGAGAACGCAUUGUCUGGGGUUAGAUUCCCCCUACUAUCGGCCUAUGAUGCUGAUGUGGGGAAGAACGGGACUUUAACAAUUAAAGGCAAUAUAGAUUUUGAGGAACACCCUGCCUUUGAGAUCCGUGCCCAGGCGAGUGACAGAGGCCAGCCCCCAAUGGCAGCACACUGUAAAGUGUUGGUAGAUGUGGUGGACCUCAACGACAAUGCCCCUGAGAUCACUGUGACGUCACUCUUAGACACAGUGAAGGAGAACGCCAUGGUUGGCACUGCAAUUGCUCUCGUCAGCAACGUGACUGUGAACGUUUUUAUUCUGGAUGAGAAUGACAACAGUCCUGGGAUUCUCGCGCCCUAUUCUGAUCACGGCUCCGUUAACACUGAGAACAUUCCCUAUUCUGCUGAAGCGGGCUACUUUGUGGCCAAGAUCAGGGCUGUAGACUCGGACUCUGGCUACAAUGCGCUGCUUUCUUAUCACAUCUCUGAGCCCAAGGAAACCAACCUCUUCCGAAUCGGAACCAGCACUGGGGAACUAAGGACUAAGAGGCGAAUGAGUGACAAUGACCUGAAAACUCACCCGUUGGUGGUGUUGGUUUCUGAUAAUGGAGAACCCUCACUGUCAGCGACUGUGUCUAUUGAUGUAGUGGUGGUUGAAAAUGCAGAACUGAUCAGUAUUAAUGGAAAUGACACGUUUAACAGGACUCAAACAUUACCCAACAAGGACGAGGUAAGGAACAUAGUUUUCACUUAA